AUGGUCUACGCAGCCUGGGCUCUUCUGAGCCUCGCAACACUUGGUCAUGGCUAUGCGACCGAGAAGCGUGCUGGGUCAGCCUCUGCAUUCAGCUCCAAUUCCGCCGGCAACUACAAGCUAUCUUCGAUCGCCGCUCCGGUCCAAGGAAGUGGCAAUCCUGGGUCAGAAUCGACUUGGAAAUUGAGCAUUGACGAUACCAGCUCGGGACAUAAGCAGACCAUCACUGGAUUUGGCGCGGCUGUGACAGAUGCGACAGUCACCACCUUCAACCGGCUCUCGAGCUCCAAUCUGCAAUCGUUGCUCGAGGAGCUGAUGACCAACUCUGGCGCCGACUUUAGCUUGAUGCGUCACACUAUUGGCGCCUCGGAUCUUUCAGGUGAUCCUGCAUACACCUAUGACGAUAAUGGCGGCUCUGCGGACCCAUCCAUGUCGGGGUUCAAUCUCGGUGAUCGAGGAAAUGCCAUGGCGCAGAUGCUAGCCAAGAUGAAGUCGCUUCAGUCGAAGUUGAAGAUUCUCGGAUCUCCGUGGAGCGCUCCAGGCUGGAUGAAGCUGAAUGGUGUCAUUGAUGGCACCACCAAUCAGAAUAACUUGAAUGACGGAUACCUCAGCGGUGGUACAGGCAGCUCCGGCUAUGCCCAGGCGUUUGCGAACUAUUUCGUCAAAUACAUCAAGGCCUAUCAGAAUCUUGGCGCCAAUAUUGAUGCUAUUACCAUCCAGAACGAACCUUUGAACAGCCAGUCGGGCUAUCCUACGAUGUACGUCUAUGCAGACGAAUCCGCGCAGUUGAUCCAGAAUUAUGUCGGACCUGCUCUUGCCAAAGCCGGUCUCAACACUGGAAUCUGGGCCUAUGAUCACAACACUGAUGUGCCUUCCUACCCUCAAACCGUCCUCAACACCGCAGGACAAUACGUGGACUCCGUGGCUUGGCACUGCUACGCCUCCAAUGUCGACUGGGGUGUCCUGACGCAAUUCCACAACUCCAACCCUUCCGUCAAUCAGUACAUGACGGAAUGCUGGACUCCCGCCGGGACAUGGAACCAAGCUGCCGACUUCACCAUGGGCCCGCUCCAGAAUUGGGCGUCGGGAGUGAUCGCUUGGACUCUGGGCGCCGAUGGCUCUGAUGGACCCCAUCUUUCCAGCGGCGGUUGUGGAAAUUGUCAAGGCCUGGUGACCAUCAACGGUGACAGCUACACAUUCAACCCAGCCUACUAUAUGAUGGCCCAAUUCAGCAAAUUCAUGCCGCCUGGAGCAAUAGUACUCGACGGAAGUGGCAGUUACACUUACUCCAGCGGUGGUGGUGUUCAGUCUGUUGCUUCAUUGAACCCGGACGGAACUCGAUCUGUCGUGAUUGAGAACACGUUCAACAAUGAUAUUUAUAUCACGCUCUCGACUAAGAGUGGACAGCAGUGGAGCGGGAACAUUCCGAGCGAAUCGGUCACCACUUGGGUACUUCCUGCGGUGUAA